AUGGAUAAUUAUCCAGAUGAUACCUUUCUCGAAGCCCUUGAAGAGAUCCCCCCUGAAACCGAAAGUCCAGCGGCUACGCUUACACAGUCACGAGCCAACCUCAGAUUCUCGCAAUGGAUUAAAACCGUUCGCGGCAGCAAACCAAAUCUUGUUCAAGGCCCCUCGCGCUAUGUGGCUGAUUGGCCAGAAGACGAGGAUUUGGACGACAGUAGUCACACGGUUCCUCAAGAGCGACUCAAUCGUGACGAUGCUUCUAUCGUGUCGUCCUCUUCCUUUCUUCACAGCGUGAAAACUGCAAGCAUGAGCCUUGCAAGUUUGAGCAUUGUCAAUCGACGCAGAUCAAACACCCAGACAAGUAGCCACCAUCGCAGCAGCACGUUCUCCGGGUCCGACCCUCGAAGGUCGAUUGAUAGCAAUAAGCUGGGAUCGACGCUCUCCCUGGAUGAAUCGGCAUGGACCUUUGCCAUUCAAAGAUUCCAGAUAAUUCAAGAACUAAUCGACACGGAAGCAUCGUACAUUUCAACACUCAAAAAUUUAUCACAGGGGCUUUCGCUCGUUCUUAUUGCGCCGUCCGGUGUCCACCAGAGCAUUGAUAAGCUCAUUACUUUCCAUGGACGGUUACUAGGAGGCUUGCGAAAUAGCUCAGCCGCUUUUUUCAGCACCAACCUCCUUGCAAAGGAACGGGUCCGUCGGACGAAACAAGAGAAUGAAAACAAUGCAAAUCAAUCCACCAUACGAGCCCGUAGCUCAUUCUUAGCUCCUGGGAAGCCGCGUGAACAACCAAGGCCACGUAGUCGGUCCUCGACAAUUGUUGCGGUGGCACCGAAAGCUGCAUCAGCGAUAGCACGCACCCUUCUGGCACAUCUACCCGGCUUUUAUGUUUAUAAAGAGUAUCUUGCGAAGUAUCCAUUGUUGCAAGGCGAAAUCGAUCACUUGAGGCAAUCAAAAGAAAAUUGGCAAGCGUAUGAUCAAGGUCUUGAAGCGCUGCUCCGCGCCGUCCAGCCGUUUAACUUGCGCGAGAAGCACGCCAAUCAUGCCCGGACUAUCAGCGAUCUUCUGAUACAGCCGGUGCAAAGACUUUGCAAGUACCAACUCUUUCUGAAAGAUUUAAUGAGAUGUACCCCUGAAACUCAAUGCACUAUGACAUACGAAGCACUUAAAUUGGCAUUUGAUGAAAUGGGAAAAGUUACAAAAGAAGUAAACAGCGGUUCUGCUGACCCCAUCGCCAUGGAUCGCGUCCGAAAGACGCUGGAGCUCCAGAAAAAGUUGGAAUUUCCUUCAAACCAGGAAUAUUGUGAUGUUCUUAAACAGUACGGGCCUAUCAAAGUUUGCGGGGUACUGCACAUUGCGUAUCAAACCGGGGAAGCAGUAACCGGCAGCUAUAUGAUGUGUUUGCAUUGCUCUGGAACCCCCUAUUCGUGGAAGCUCGUAUUCACUUUCCAGCAAAAUCUCGUCGAAUUGGUUUUCAGUGCCUGCUCAGAAAAGGAAGAAACCGAAUGGGUCCGGCAUUUACUAUUACAAAUUGCACCUGAACAAGAAGCGCAGCCGGAAGCCGCCGCAGAGCCAGUGGGAGAGUCAGUUAUUUACUUUACAUUAAACCCGUUGCAAGCUGUUGUACUCGAUGAUCGCUUGCUCAACGUUGCGCGUCGUUCCUCGGUUCACGGGACUCUGGUGACAGUUGCAAACCCAGAUUACUUGCGUAUCCAUAUCAAAGGCACUGCGGCCUUUCCUACCCCAAACCAACCCACGUGUCCGCCUCUGGGGAGAUCCCAGUCUGUGCAGAAUCCGCGGCGCGACGUCGUUCUGGCACCGAAGAGACAGAAACGAAUCAAAAUGGAGAAACGUCUGGCCGAUAUUUGGACUCGUGACAUUAUCCCGUAUCCUGGUAUGCCGCUGGAAUCCUUUAUGCGAACGUCGACCGAUGUCUUGAUGGGAAAGUUUACGAGCUUGCCGCCAUUUGCUCGACGCACCAAUAGCAACCGCACGUCAACAAGGACCAAGAGUGUUGAGCAAUUUAGCAUUCCAAAAUAUGACUUGAUCAAAGGGGAUAUUGAAGAUGACGAAAUCGAUCCUUGUCCUUCCAAAGAGUCCGAUCAAAACGAAGACGAGGAUAAAAUUGACCUCAAGAGCGCAAUGAUAGAGGCGUCUAACAACCAGCGCCGCGGAUUUAUGUCUCUUCGCAAAAAGCACUCGAACUUGAUUCCGCGCGCCAUGGGUGAGGCUCCAAACGAAAUUAAAGUCAAGGGAAGCAAGCAAAGCCUUCGUAAACGCCUCAGUGUGGCUCUGUUUAAGUCCAACUCCCCCAAGUCUCGCCGCUUCAACUCGGUGGAAGUGUGA